AUGACCGAAGUUGACAUUGCCGAGGACAUUCCGAACGGCGACGAUUCAGCAUUCGUAGACGAUCAUCAACAACCUGAUGGCGAACAUGACGAUGUGAAUAGUCAGGGUGGCGAAAUUGUUCAAGCUGUAACAAGCGAGGAAUUGACACCCGACCAAGUUUAUGUAGCGACAUCGCAAGGACUAAUAUCUGCCGAAUCGUUGAGAGAGGCGGGAAUAAAAACAACGCAUAUUGUCAUUCAUGAUAACACACUGACAGUUGAUACAGGGGCUCAAAAUCCGCCAACAACUCCAUUGCCCCCUCCCACCCCAGCAACCCCUUUAAGUAAAGAAAGGGGCUUCAAAUACCAAUGGGAUGAAUCUGUACAUCAAAUGUUUCUACCUGUUAGAUGUAAAAACUUAAAUGGUGAACUUCAUAAAGAUAAAUUUGGUUCAGGUGGUCGUGGUAAAUGUAUUAAGUACGAUAAUAAAUGGUAUACACCUAAUGAGUUUGAGACAUUAGCCGGUCGUGCUAGUAGUAAAGAUUGGAAGAGAAGUAUAAGAUAUGGUGGUCGAACGUUACAGUGUGUUUUAGAAGAUGGUUUAUUGAUGGCCCAUGCUACGUCGUGUACUUGUGCUUCUUGUUGUGAUGAUGAAACAGUGACAGGUCCUGUGAGAUUAUUUGUACCUUAUAAAAGACGUAAAAAAGAAAGUGAAAGUGGUCCCUUAUCACCAACUCCUAAAAAAGUUAGAAUUGGUUCAAUAAAGUCAAAUACUUCUCCUUUAACCAAAGAUGUAAUAGUGUCAAUGUGUAAUGGUGGUACUUCAGUCACUAGACCUGUAUCACAACAGAUGCAGAUGAGUGCCCAGGAUGAUAAUACAGUGAAAAUAGUUACUGCUGAUGGUACUGGUAAUUUUGUUACAGGAGAUACGGUGGUGAUGACCCCAAUAUCUCUGGCACCAGCUCCAAAAGCUCAAGUUGUUACCAUGGAUGUUACAGAACAGAAAAACUGGUGGCAGUUAGAAGAGAUUGCUAAUAAUCUGUUAUUACAAGUUCAGCAGUUAAAAGCUAUGAUAGACCAAGUUAGACAACAUAGUUUACUCUCUAAAGAAAGUCAACUACAACAACUUAGGAUGCAGAUGGAGAAAGAAAAACAAGAGGCCAUAAAAGCUUUAAAUGGGCAGAGAAUUGAAGCCCAGAUGAAUUUAUCACGAGUUGUCAUGGAGGAGAGAGCCCAAAGAGAUAUAGCUGUACAGCAGGCUUUAGCACAAGCCCGGGCUGAAUUACAUCAAGAUAAUAAAGUGGGCUCGGUGACUGUGGUCGCGGAUGAUAAAGUGACCUAUAAUGUCACAUGGUCUAAUAACUCAUCCACUGCUACUAUUGAUAAAAUCAUGGAAGGAGAAGAAUCCGACUCUGAUAAAGAAAAGGAAUAA